CAACGGCACGGAAGGAUAUUGAGGUUGCACAGCUAGUGUUACAUGACCUCAACAAGGUGCGUUUGGUAAGAAUACCUAACAUUGUGUAUCCUAAGAUGACCAGUUGUUCGCGAUGUCUACAACAGCAGGACGAGUUUUCUCCGGUCUGAUACGAGCUGCUUCGUGUCGAGGAUUUUGUACUUACAAGGCUUCAACAGUGAGACUGAGCAGUGUGCGAUCCCUCUCUGUGAGCUCUCGGAGAGCAGCCAGGCCCAUAGAUGACAAUGAGGUGAAAGAUGAGCCCAUCAAGUUCUCCACCAGUAAAGCCAGCCACAGGACCUGGAGAGUGGACCGCUCCUUGGGGAGCCAGUAUGAGCGGCCUUGGUGGAAGGUGUUACCCAUCAGCCUUGUGGGUACCGGCUUCCUAUUGUGGUGUGCUCUGAGAGAUGAGACGGACAUUGAUGUAAAACUGGAGAAGCAGCUGUCUGAGCAGCUACCCGGCAUUUAUUCCGAUGAAGAGGAGGAUGAUGAUGAUAAAAAGUCAAGUUAACAAAUGUGAGACUUGAAAUGUAUAUAGAUUUCAGCUGAUAUUUAUUGUGAAACGUCUCUGUAUUAUUACAUCCUUCAGCAGCAGCUCAUUGAUUUGAAGCUGUCCUGGGCCACAAACUCUUUUGCAGAAAACAGACCAAACUGCCUUUUGUCAAGUUUCAGAUGACUGAUAAUAUCUGGUGGAUUAAAUGCCUUUAAUGAGCCACA